GCACUGCAAAAGUUUGUGUAUAGAGUAUCCAAACACGCAGAGGUACGAAAGUACGCGUAUAAGCGGAAAUACUACGCAACCAUGUCAUGCGGUGCAACGUUUAGUCUAAUAGUAAAUGCUUUGUGCAGGUCCCGUGGCAAAUUUGGUCGAGCUGAAACCACCGAUCAACAAUGGAGAUUCUCGUGCUCGGCAUGGAGCAGAGGCGACAACUGGCAAGCCUGAAGAAGAGCGAACGGGGCGCCCGCAUAACCUCAUUUGCGUGAUGACGGAGAAGACCAGCGUGGAGCAGCAGUUCCCGAAUGAAGCUUGCGACUUUGUGGUCUUCAUGGACCUCACGUACAACGGUCAGGAGGACAAACUGGUGCCAAAGACCAACGGCUCCGGCUUCGAGCUGUUCAGCGCGAUGGCGGCCAACGGCUCUGGCAACCACCUGGUGGCCGUCAGCCACGAGGACAUCCGCGAGUGCGUGGACAAGUGGAAGGACCCGCUCGCGCUGUCACACUUCGUCAUCACCACCUCGUCGUGGAUCACGAAGAACAAGUUCGACGGGCUCGCCUUCCUCGGGGUACAUGUCCCCAACGACCGCUUACCUACGCUGCACAAGAUGCUUCAGAAAUUCCACGAGGCGUUUAAGGAGAACCAGCCGCGGUCGCUUUUACUGAUGUUCGCCAUCCAGGUGAAGAACUACAAGUCAGCUUCCGUCGAAUUGCUUCAGAAUCUGCAGAAGAUCGUCAAGGUGGUCGACUACACCAUCCUGGAGACGCACCACUCGAGGCCUUUGACCACAUGCAGUGCUCUUCUACCUACGUCAUUUAGAGAGUACAGCGACCUGGCCGACAGUGUGCCCGUGGUGACGGCGCUCGAGUGGACCAAGCAGCUGCAGAACGGCGUGGAGCCACUGCCCAAACUGUGUUUCUCGCUCAGUCUGGCUUCACUGCAUUACACGCUCAAGACAACCACCAACAACGUGGGCGCGCCCUGUGACGGCGAGACGCUCAUUCCCUACAACAAGACAUGUUCCAGAGACGACUGGGUGGGCCCCAUUCAGGACGAGCGGGCCAUCGCGGCGUACCACUACCGAAACAACCAGUGGCAGUCUUUCCUCACGCCGGACAGCAUCACCAAAAUGAUGCGACUUGCCCUGAAGGUAAACCCGAGCGUAUGCGCUGCGGCCUACUAUGUGGACUACGAGGAUUACCAGGGCCUGUGCCAAAAGAACGAGACGUUCCCGCGACUUACGGCUCUGCGACACGUCCUCGAUCAAGUCAGAACGCGAUGAACGGCAUGCGUCACCCAACCGCAUCACUGGCAGUCCUUGAAAUGAAGAUGCUCACAUGUCUCGCCAUACACGACUCUCUCUUUUUUUCUUUUUUUUCGCACUUGUUGGUGCGCAGCUGCAAUAGAGCGGGCAGUUCGAGUACAGUACACCGUAGAUACUGUACUAAAGUUACUAGGGGGAAUUAUGGCGCUGGGAUCGCUCGGCUACCAUGGGAAUAAUAUAUAAUGAUGUUCAGUACGUGAACAUGCGUCUGGCCUUUGUGCUUGUAGCUUCGUACGUUCUUGCGGAUUUACUUACAGCACGGUAUCUGCCUUUGUCGGCCCAUAUUUCGAAGUCAUACUUUUAAAGGCAGAAAAUAACACUGUGCGCACAUGCAGAAUUAUGGCGAAAUGUCACAUUUAUAACGCAACAAAGCUACAGAGUCUCAAAGCCGUUCGAAGCCAUAAGGACGAGAAGCCCAUGUACUAACCAUCAUUCCCCUACCGCCAGGUUUGCAGUCCCCGUAUAGACUCUAGUUCCCUCUAGUUAUUAUUGUAUAGGAAACUUGCAGUACUCGAGGAAGGCUGACAGUGCGUUCUGAAAUUAGUCGUUUCGCUUUUUCUUUUAUAAUAUUCCAUACCUUUAUC